CCAUCAUAAAUUAUUUUUUUAAAAUGUUUGUGUAAAUAAUCAUGGAUACUAUUUGUAUCCAGAUGUAAAAAUGUUAGUUUUUUAGCUUGGGAUAUCGCAAAUAUUCCAUUUUUUGUACAUAAAAAUGGAACACAAAUAUGCCAUCGCACCCCUAUUUUUCGACUUUUAUUAACAUGUGAUUUUGAUAUACAUGAUGCUAAAAUGUAGUAAUUAGCCAGUAGCCUAAUGGCACAUAAAAAUUUAAUUUAUAAUCCCUCGGUUCAUCCGAUGGGUACCAAAGCCCGUGGUAAUAUUUUCCAUUUUAGCACGGUUGUUUUAAUCGCAAUCCUAAAUAUAACUAAAAAAAAUCUCUAAAGUUUUAAGUAUGUGGCACUCUUAUUGUUGCACUUCGAGAGUGAUUCUAUCAAGGUUGAUGGCAUCAUGGGGUGUAGAUAUCGAUUUAACACAUCAGAAGAAAAUAUUUGGUUCUAGGUAUAAUACUUUAUGAAUAUUAUUAUUAACAUUAUUAUUUGAACCUGUGCUGAUCAAAAGAAAGAAAUGGCCCCAAAAAUCUCCACACAUCUACUGAUCGGUGUUACAAUCGCCUCCUUGGCCUCGCUCAACUUUGGACUCUCCAGUGUCAGCUUCAACAUCUCAAAAGAAUUCGCGAUUGUCGAUUUGGGAUGGUGUUUGAAUGAAUCCAGCAUCUAUGAUUGUGAAAAAUCGCAAUUGUAUGCCGGCUUAGCAAAUGGAUCAACUUUCAUAGGUGCAGCACUCGGUUCAUUGAUGAUUGGUUUCUCUGGUAAGAUAGGAAGAAGAAGGUCACUGAUGAUCAUUAACUGGUUAUUUGCCUUGGGUUCCCUGAUCGCUAUGGGAGCCAUCAACUUCGCAAUGCUGUUCAUAGGUCGUUUGAUAUCAGGAAUGGGUAUUGGUCUCUCAGCAUUAGCGCCAGCGUUCAUGGUUGAAAUUUGUAACCCAGAAUCAAGAGGAAAAUUCGCAGUUAUCUACCCACUCUUCAUCACAUUCGGACAGCUCUUGUCGACAGGCUGGCAACUGCUCCAUUUCCGUAUCGUUACAAAUACUGGACCUGACGGACAAAUUUUCAAGUUAACUGAUAUCGAUACAUUCAUCUGGCGUUCAGCCCAAGGUCUCCCAAUAAUCUUUUCAAUGAUUGGACUAAUCUUGCUCCACAUGGGAUUCAAGUUCGACACGCCUUACGAGUUAAUUGCAGCUGGAAAAACAGCAGAAGCACGCGAAGUUAUUGAAAAGUUACAUGAUAUCACAUUGGUUGAUAAGAUUUACAAUGAAUUUGACAAGGACCAGGAAAUUGCAAAGACCACAUCAAACAUCCCAUUCUUCAAAGCAAUCAAGAAUUCUAAGUACAGGAAGCCGAUUAUCCAUUCAUUUGUACUUGCAGCACUUCAACAAUUAACUGGUAUCACGAUUCUAACCUCAAAUGUCGCGGAAUUGUUCGCACAAUUCAUGGGAAGAACGUACAAGUCCACAGUCAUGUGCUCGCUCAUCAAUAUAAUCAACUUCAUCUGUACCAUAGUUUUGUCACUCAUCAUCAACAAGUAUGGAAGGAAAACACUCCUCACAUACGGUAUGACAGUGUCAACUGCCUUCUGCGCCUUAGCAGCGUUUAGUAAACCAAUUGGAAAAGAAGCAGAUUGGGUCGGAAUUUCAACGGCAGUUGGCUCUUUCGGUUUUGUUUUAGGUUUCGCACUUUCCAUGGGCGGUAUCACCUGGGUUUACCUUUCAGAGGUCUACGCCAGCGAAAUUAAAAAUGGAGCAUACAGUAUUGCAGUGUUCAUUAAUUGGUUUUGUGCAUCCGUUUCCCUCAUCGUCUCUGAAUUUCUCAUCUCAUACUCUGAAGUCCUCGUUAACACUAUCCUCUUUGGAUUUUGUAUCUUCAAUCUCGUUUACGUCGUCGUCUUUAUUAAGGAGACUAAAGGUCUCCCGCUUGGAAAAGCUUAUGAUUAAACAUGUAUAGUAUUAAUAUACUAAUACUGUCCAUUAUAUACAUAAUUUAUUAAUUCACA